CAGGAAGGACCUUGACGUCUGGAAACCGUGACGUGAACACCCUCCUACGGUGUGCGUGCUUCACUGCUUCCCGUGCACGUGGACCUGGAUGUAAAAUUGGAAGGGUGUGGAUGGAAUUCUUGGAGAUGCUGAGGAGCUGAGUCGUAGAGACUUGUGUGGCGUCAAAAAGCAGUCUUGGUCCAUACAAGCAAACGACGAGGAGGGACAGACAGACAGGACAGGAAGGAUCGCAGGCAGAUAGGGAAGGAGAAGCGGAGUGCGCGCGGUCCAAAUCUGCGGAGGCGGAGGCGGAGGCGGAGGGCGAGCAAGAAUGCAGGAGCAGCCGGCGAGCUCGCGGCCUUCCAGCAGCGAGAGGUCGUCUAGCUCCGCGCACCACAUGGACAUGGAGGUCAAGGAAGGGAUGGAGAGCGACGAGGAGAUAAGGAGAGUGCCGGAGCUGGGCCUGGAGCUGCCGGGAGCUUCCACGUCGGGCAGGGAGGUUGGCCCGGGCGCCGCCGGCGCAGACCGCGCCCUGGCCCAGUCGUCCACGGCGCAGGCCAGCGCGCGCCGCCGCGUCCGCAGCCCCGCCGACAAGGAGCACAAGCGCCUCAAAAGAUUACUGAGGAACCGGGUGUCAGCUCAACAGGCAAGAGAGAGGAAGAAGGCUUAUUUGACUGAUCUGGAGGUGAAGGUGAAGGACCUGGAGAAGAAGAACUCGGAGAUGGAAGAGAGGCUCUCCACCCUCCAGAACGAGAACCAGAUGCUCCGACAGAUACUGAAGAACACCACUGUAAGCAGAAGAGGUUCAGGAAGCACUGCUAGUGGAGAGGGCCAAUAGUUCAGAAUGACAGGAAAAUAGUAAUGCAUUAUAUGCUAAACAUAUGUUUAUGCUCAGUGGAUUUGGUCAGUUUGCUUUGUGGCCAAAGGAGGGAACCCCAAAAACUGGGGGUGAAGGAUUUGUGCAGACAGUCAUAUAUAUCACUGUAUUAAUACGAAUGGUUCAGAAAAAGAAGAACUUAUGGAGUGCAUUUAAUAUGUAUCA